AUGUCGAAGACCUCGGCUAUGGCGCCGACGAAGCGGACAAUUCUAACUGAACCCCAGGACUGGGACCGUUGGGUCAAGGAGCUCCGAGCACGAGUGGAUAAGCUUAUCCACAAGCUUAUCUUUCAAGAUGGCUCUGAAGCUAUGGAGCUACCUGAGCGCCCGACUUUUGACGACUUUGCACAAGGCGUUAGACAGUUUGUCAAUCUAACCAGCGAACAGCAAAGAGCUUACUCGGCGGCACUUCAUGAAUAUGAGGGCAGGCGUUUCUCGAAGAACCCUAUUCGAGACGAACGUCAAGAGCCCUGCCAAGAGAUUUGGAUCGACUGGACCGAGCUUACCCCUGAUUUCGAGGGCUAUGUCCGUGUGAUGUUCAUCACAGACGCAUAUUCGGGCAUGGUUUUCCCCUACUUCCUUAAGACCUAUCAUUCAAAGCACCACCUAGCCGCACUUCGAGAUUUCGUUAGCUGGAUGAAGCUUCGUUUUGACUACACGGUGAAAAUUGUACGGUCUGACGGAGAGCUAUUCACUAAUAAGAUUAAGAAGUGGCUACGAAAGAAGGGAAUUUCAGCAGAAAAAUCAGCCUCGAAUACACAAGCCCAGAACGGAGGGGCAGAACGGUCCGGUGGAAUUGUUAUUGAAAGGGCUCGCAAGAUGAGGAUCGCAGCAGGCCUUCCUCACGACCUAUGGAAAGAAACCGACCACGAACUCGAUUUCGAAUUCGUCGGAAGACUGGAAAACACCCUUGAGCUCUUUACGAAGAAGGAUCAACCUCAACAGCAUGCCCAGCUCAAGGCCUACGGCUGUAGGGCCUACGCUAUGACUUCUGACGCACAGCUAGGCAAGAAGAAGAGGCAGAAGCUUGAUCCACGGUCACAUAUAGGAUACCUGGUUGGAUAUAAUUCGACGAAUAUCUUCCGGAUCUGGAUUCCGCAACGAAGAAAGCAGCCGCAGCUGCUUCCUAGCAUCAAUGACCUUAUUCAACGCGUUGAGAUACCAGAGGACCAGAAAAUCAACCAGGAAAUCCUUGACGAAGAAUCGGAGCUUGAGAGCGUGUUCGACGAAGACUCGGACGAGGAAGAAGAAGAGGGACAGACCGACCCUACCGAAGAAGAAGAAGAAUAUAAGAGGGCUAGGGAGCUUGAAGAAGCUUCUCUUAUAACACCUCCACUGACAGAAGAAGAUCUUGAGGCAGGCUUCUUGAUCUCAUUCUACGACUUCUACCCAGGAACCACUUGA